CUUCAACCUUUUACCAUCGCGAAGCAUCGGGUUUCGUCUCCCGACUUAGCAGACCGCGCGCCUCCCUCUCGCUCUUCUCUGCUCCAUGGCGAAGCCCUCCUCGUCCUCGUCCUCCGCCUCCGCCUCCGCCUCCGCUGCAUCUCUCUUCCCUCAUCGAGCACACCGGAUCCCCGAAGACACUGUCUUCUACGCCGUCUACCCGGACCUCCCCGCCGCCCUACCCCCCUCCGAGUCCCUCUCCGUCCUCCGCUCCCUCCACCUCCACCUCGUAUCCCUCCUCUCCCCCCUUUGCCGUGACUACAUCUGGCAGCACGAGCCCUUCGCCAUCUCCAUCCCCUCCUCCCUCGACGGCCCUUGCCCUCUCUGCCGCUCGCCCCCCCACCCCCACCUCCACGGAAAACUCCGCUUUGGCGACGCCCUCGACGACGAGUGGCUCGUCGCUGCCCUCCUCUUCGCCGCUUCGUCCGCCGUGCCCUCCAUCACCGCCCGCGCCUGGGACUCCGAUGGCGAUUUCCUGCUCAUCGAGGCCGCCUUCGCCCUACCUCGCUGGCUCGAACCCGACACUGCUGCCAACCGAGUGUUUAUCCGGGGCGGCCAGCUGCACAUCGUUCCCAAACGGGUCUUCCCGGAUACCCCCUCCCUCGAAGCCGCCCUCGCAUCGGUCCGGAGCGAGGAGGUCGAUACCAGAGCCUCCGACAAGGUCCAAGCUGCGAUCUUAAGGAAGAUUUCCGGGUAUCCUGACAAGGCCAUGGCCAAUAUGCAGAGAGUCAGGGUCAGAGUUCCACUGCCAGUGGCGCAGGUCCUGAAGGAGGAGCCUUUCUUGAUCUCUCUGGCAGUAGAGGCGUUCUAUGACCGAGAUGUUGAUACCAUGAAGCACGCAGCCAGAAUGGAGAGGUUUUUGAGGGGCAGCGAUGGGGAUAUCGAGAUGGUCAGGGUCUCAGUUCGGAUGUCGAGGGCCAUGUACGCUCAGCUGGUGCAGCAGAAGUUUCAGGCGCCAACGGGCUACCUGAUGCCGUCGAGGGAGGAGGGGCCUGCUGCUUUUAUGGAGGCGGAAUUGGGCAUGAAGAUAGCUUGUGGGUUCGAAAUGAUGUAUCAGGAGAGGAGGCAAGCUGGGGAGGAAGGGAAGGGUAGCACUUGGGAAGCUUUCAAGCAGAGUUUGGAGAGUAGUGGGUGCUUCACUGGACUUCUUCCUGGAUCUAAGGAGUACCAGAGGAUUAUGGAUAGUGCAUUAGAGUACUAUAAGAACAGUUCUCUGUAUUCCCGAACAAGGGAGGUUCUGAAUGCUCCUGUUCGACGGAUAGAUGAAAUACUCUCCAUGUCCUAUUCUGUCGAUGGCUUCAAGGGCAUUGAGCUUCCUCCUAAUGAUGAUGAUUCCUGGAUGUAUGAUGGGGAAGAGGAGUUGAACACUGCUAUUAUGGAGAGACAGAAAGAAAUGGAAGACUACGAAGAUGAAAGGAAGCAGAGGAAGCAGCAGAAGAGCACUGGAAAGGCUUCUAGCUCACUACCUGAUGAUUUCAAUCUUAAAGAUAUAACAGAAACUAUGCAAGCAUUUGUCCAAAAGCUCUCGAGUUUUGAAGGGGCAGAGGUUCCUGAGAACAGGAAUUCAAAGUCAGUGGAACUUGAUGCUGAUCAAUUCAUGAAAGCUAUGGAAUCAGUGUUAGGGGAGGUCCCAUGUGAAGGAGUUGGAUCAGAUGAGGAACUUGAAGGACAUACCUCAUCAUCGGAUAUGGAAUAUGAUGAUUCUGAAUAUGAAGGUGAUCUUGCAGAAGAACUGGAAGACGACAACUCAGAGGAAGGUUUCAUGCAGUUGUAUUCUGAUACUUUAAACGAAGAACUUAAUGCAACUAUUCUGAAGAAAAGCUUCAUUCGUGCACACCAGCAGUCCAACAAUGUCACUGAGGAACCAUCAAAUGCUACAACAUCCAAUGCUGCAAAUGAUAUGAACGAGGAGUUAACCCCUGUUGAUGUGGAUGUCAACCUCGUUAAAAGUCUUCUUGAUUCAUUUUCUUCUCAACAAGGCCUUCCAGGUCCAACUUCGAAUCUGCUUGGACUCAUGGGGGUAAAAGUCCCUCCUGAUACAAAGAAGCCAUAGUUCAUUCCCAUGGGAUGUACAUUAGUGCGGCUACUGAAGUGUUGUACCAUCUGAUUAUUGAAAACUGGUGGAUAGGCAAGUUAAUUUUCCCUCAAGGGAAUGUUCUAUUUUCAUGAUUGUAUAUAUUUCACCUUUCUUCCUCCUGUCGGGAUUAUACAUGCUAAGUUCUUUGUUCUGAGUUA